CGCCAUUUAGUCAGCCACCUCCAAGCCGGGGAAAAAUCCAUCGAUAAAACUCGUUAUAUCAGAGCAGGAUGGGCGAUGGAUGAAUUCACCUGCACAGUGAGCGAAAGGGCGGGAAGAAAGACAAAGAUUUGAAAUAAAGAGCUCAAUAACCGUUGUUAUUGUGCAGGUGAAUACAGUAUAAAGAAAACACAGAAGAUCCUCUACAACAUCAAUUGAACAUAACAAAUCGCCCCAUCCAUCCAACCUCUAUCACCAUGGCCAUCCAAAUCCCUCCAUCAUACUCCGCGCUGCAAACCCAGCACAUCAAAAUCGAUCAUGUACCCGCUAGCGCCUCCACGGCCACCCCCGUCCUCCUCUUAACUCUCAAUCGGCCUGAUAAGCUCAAUGCGUUUACGGGAACGAUGGCGGACGAGAUGAUCUCGUUUUUCAACAUGGUCGACGUGGACGACCGCGUCAAAGCCAUUGUGGUGACGGGAGCGGGGCGCGCGUUUUGCGCCGGGGCGGACCUGGAGAUUGGGUUCCCGAAGAGCUCGUCCGGCGAUGGAUCGAGGAGGAAUCCUGGCGACGAUGGGGUUGAGCAUAGAGACGGUGGCGGCCGCGUAACCCUCGCCAUAAACGCCUGCCGCAAACCAACAAUAAUGGCCCUGAACGGCCCCGCCGUCGGCAUCGGCAUCACAAUGACCCUCCCCGCCACAAUCCGCCUCGCAACCCGCGGCUCAAAGAUCGGCUUCGUCUUCUCGCGUCGUGGCCUGGUGAUGGAAGCCGCCUCCUCCUUCUUUCUCCCGCGCCUGAUCGGCUACAGCCGCGCGCUCCACCUCACCGCAACGGGCUCCACAUACCCGGCCGAACACCCUCUGUUCGGCUCGUUGUUUUCCGAAGUGCUGCCCACGGGCGCGGAAACGGUGGCGCGCGCGCUGGAGAUUGCGGCGGACAUUGCCAAGAAUACGUCGACGGUGGCGUCGACGCUGAUGAGGGAGAUGAUGUAUCGGGGUCCCUGCAGCGCGGAGGAGGCGCAUUUGUUGGAUUCGAAAGUUAUUUAUGGGAUGUUUGGGGGCAGGGAGAAUGAGGAAGGGGUCAAGAGCUUUUUGCAGAAGAGGGCGCCGGAGUUUAAGGCGAGUUUUGGCACCAAGGGGGAUGUGCCGGAGGUUUACCCCUGGUGGACCCCGGUGGAUGUUAAGCCGAGGGCGAUAGGGGCGAAGUUGUGAUUUGUUAUUUUUCGAAGUACGAGGAUUUGGGUAUGUGUGUCUAUGAAAUAGGGACGGAUUAAGGGAUGAUUACUUUUUUACUUUUAUUUUUUUUCAAGAGUUGGUCCAUGCGCAGUGACCAGUGGAAUAUCAGUUGCUCUUGAUUAUGAAUUAAACCAAAACAUGACUUAUAUUCAAACACAUCUUCUUACUAUCUACAUACAUAUACUUCCUAGCGAGACUUCCUCUAUAAUCUAUCGCAUCGUAACCUAAAUCAAAUCAUGUCAGUUACACACACCCCUCAGGAAAAGAAAA